AUGAAGAGCCCUAAUGAGAUUAGAACCUAUGAUUACAGCCGGCCUCCUCGCGCGGUAAUCUUCGGUCGCGGCUAUGAGCCUCAGCAGGUUGAAGAGCUUAAAAAGAAAUUCGCGGGUGUUGCUAAAGAACCUGUUGCUUGGGUGAGGGGGAACCCAGCGGAUUUGCCUGCUGGGGCCGCUGGGCCUGACUAUGCUCAGAAUAUCGCAGCGGAUAUGAAGAAGGUGCUUAAUAAAUGGAGGGACGUGGAAGGAAAAGAUGAGGAGAUUUUGGUGUACUAG